GAGAAGGUGCGUAGAGAUGGUGCCUCUCCCAAGGAGUUGGAAAAAGCUGAAGCCAAAUUACGGAAAGCUCAUGACGAGUAUCGUUCUCUUGUUGAAAAGUACAAUAAUAUCCGUGAAGAAUUUGAAAAGAGGAUGACCACAUCUUGUAUGAAAUUUCAGAGUGUAGAGGAAGCCCAUUUGGCACAGAUGCUGCAGUUUGUACAAACCUACAUAACUGUGUUGCAAAGUAACCACGAAGCCAUGGGACAAAUUCAUCGGGAUCUCCUUAAUCAGUAUUCUCAGUUCUCUGUAGAGAAGCUCCUUGACCAGUUUGCUCUUUCCAAACACACCGGCCUCGAGAAGCCUAAUGCAAUGGUGUUUGAGGAUGCAGGCUCAUUAGGCUCAGCAGUAUCUGGCCAACAAUCUCCAGAACCAGCUGAUCAAUCGAAAUCGUCUGCGGAAGAUGGCGGUGGUGGCGGGAGUAGUUCCACCGGUAGCGUCUUAACUGGAGGUACUGUGGGUGUCACAAAGCCUAGUAAGAAAGAAGGUGGUAAAAAGCUAUUACGGGAGCGUGCUUCAGUAUUUUCUAUGUCAAGGGUUACUUUACGAUCUUCAGCUGCCACAGCAGGUUCUGGUAGUCGAAUAGGGAGUGGGGUUAACAGCAGUGGGGUCAGUGUCAAUUCUUUCCCCUCAUUCACUAGCAACAAAACCUCUACCACUUUCACUCAGGAUUCCAGCUGUUCUGAAAUACAAACAUCUGCUGCUUCAGUGAACACUUCCGCCACUAAAGGCAGCACCAGCUGUGGCACUAGCAACAACAAACCAUCCCGUCGCACCACCUCUCUGCUCAACCUGUUUGUGGCGUCCACUUCCUAUGCUGGUCGCAGUGAGCGUGAGUGGUCUGCUCCCCCCAGCUGUGACUCAGGUGGGGGGGAAGAUAGCCAGGAUGGGGAUGGGGGUGAGCGGGGCACAGAGAGCCUUCCACACUCCCCGGCUAAGGCCGUUCCAGGCCGUGUGACUAGUGCCCCCACCAGCCCCACAGCAGCAGAUGAUCCGAGCCUGGCCCGCACUGUAUUCCGCUCCUCAAAGUGGUUCCUCAGAAGCAGAAGAGACAGAAAAAACAAAGAGAAAAAAGUCAAGAAAAAGAAAGAUGCUGAUUCUUCCAGUAAUAAAGAGGAAAAGUCAGAUAAUGAAACCAAUGAUGACUCAGGGCCAAAGACAAGUGAACUAAUAACUCCAACAUUAACAUCAGCAUCAGACAAAGGAAGUACAGGUGCUCAAACUCCAAAUGUUGAUGACGAAGGAUUUUCUCUCCGACCUCAAGAGAUAAAACAUUCAGGAGAUGAUAACAGCUUUGACUCUUCUUCAGAUUCUGACUCGGAUGUAGAGGCAGACAAAAAAAUUCACGUUGAGAUCAAACCAAUAAGUAAUGGGAGUGCACCAAUGUCAGCGAGUGUUGAUGAAUUACGUGCUACAAUUGAAGGAAUGUCCCUGUCUCCAGUAUCAUUUGCCUCGACUAGACGAACUUCAACAGACACGCAAGACUCAUAUUCCUCUAUGAAACGCUCCAAUAGCAUCACGCAGCAUCUAAGCAACAAGACAAGCUCAGCUGACCUGCUGGGCCUAAACCUUAAUUUUGGGACCAAUGACAGCAGCCCACAAGGUUUAUUGGGGAACAGUGUAGCAUCUGACUUGCCCAACAAUCGACCAAUAUCUCCAGUAUGUAAAGGUGUGUCAUCCCCUGCACCAUCGGUAACAUCAAUCACUUCUCCCGUGCUGGCUCCCCCUCCUCGAGCUGAUAGAUAUGCUGAAUUAAGUGAUAUUUUGAAUGAGACAGACGUUGAAGCUCCUCCUGCAUUGCCACCAAGGACAGGUGGUGGUGGAUCCUCAAGCCGUGGAUCAACACCCACCCCAACCAUGGCAAUCCCAAGACCUCCCUCACGUAAAGCUCUUGAGGGACCAUCUCCAAGGGGACGUCAGAGUCCUUCCACGGUAUCUGGACUGUCACGUGCAGAGUCGGUAUCAAGUCUAGAAUUCCGAACAUCUAGUAUGGUGGGCACCUCACGUGGUCCGUCCCCUCUCACCAUAGGAUUAUCUGAUACUAUCCCUCUUGCUGUAGCAUUCCAAGAGUUGUGUCAUGCAUACUUUAGAGGAACAGAUGAAGCGAAGUGUCAAGUGAAAGUAACAGGAGAGAUGAUGUUGUCGUUUCCGGCCGGCAUUGUUGGUGUGCUAGCAAACAACCCAUCUCCUGCGCAGCUUUCAUUUAAGGUCAACAACUUUGCUAAAGUCACCAGUGUUCUGCCCAACAAGCAGCUCAUAACAAUGGAUAAUGAUGAGUCAACACCAGAAUGUGGAGUUUUCAACUUUAACAUGAGUGCACUCACUACUUUAUUAAGAAAACAAGCUGAAAGCAAUCCUUCUGCAUCAUACUUCAAUGUUGACAUGAUCAAAUACCAGGUGAGCACCAUGAAUGGUGCUAAUUCAUCACCACUACAGUUAGUUUCAUAUUGGAAGUGUGAAGACAGCCACACUGACUUACGGAUAGACUACAAGUACAACCCUCAUGCCAUUGCCUCGCCAUCUCCCUUGUUAAAUGUCAAUGUAUCAGUACCUAUGGAUGGUAUUGUUAAAAAUAUGCAGUCCAAACCCCCAGGCCAGUGGUUAAAAGACCAGCAGAAAGCAGUAUGGAAGCUAACGGAGCUCUCCCAGCACUCCUCUGAUGCUGGUGUAGGGUCAUUGCGGGCCAAGUUUGAAGUAGCUGCCGGUCCGUCUACUCCAGCUACUGUCUCCGCCCAGUUCAACUGUGAAGGAACCACUAUCUCAGGCUUGGAAUUUAGCCUUGUUGGCCCAGGGUACAGAGUUUCACUCAUUAAGAAGAGGUUUGUUUCAGGCAAAUACAUAUGUGAUGCAGAUGCUGUGUUAAGAUUACGCUAUGGGUCAUUUCCAAGUUAAUACAGUAGCAGUCAAUAGAUGGAAUGAAAUCAAAGGAGGGUACCUCAGGAUUUGAAUUUUGAUGUUUUGAAGCAACAAAAGUGUGUCAUAUAUGAAUAUCUGGCUUGCAGAGUGAUGGAUCAAGUUUAAUAAUGAAAAGUGUGAACAAAUUGUAAAUAUUGAAUCAAUAAAACUACAUUUUAAGUGAAUCUUCCAAAUUGUUAUAUGAUGACAUGUGGUGUAGUGUUCUCUGAGCCUUUGUUUUGAGAUACUGGUGCUGAUGGUGGUACAUUGACAUAAUGUUUUCUAGUUAUAGCCACCAGUAAUGUGACUAGAGGAUGGCAUAUCUCUUGAGAGUCGGCCACACUCAUCAACCAGUCAAACCAUAUACAAAUCUAGUAAAUGGAUAUUGUAAUUGUGUGUGAAGGCAACCUAAGCUGUGUAUCAACAAGUUUUGGCCUGGGAUUUACUGGGAUAAAGAUGUUAAAUCAGUUUGAAACUCCAUCACACUGUAUGUCAUAUAUUGCAUUACUAAUAUCAAAAUGAUUUUGUAAGAAUAUAAUAAAUUAGUAAACCAUUAUAUAAAUCACUGGCUAAUUAAAAAAAUAUGAAUUGUUUAAUGUUUUCAUAUAUGCUAAUGCCAGACUGGUAUUUAAAUAACACCUACAGAUAAAGCUGUCCAGGUAUAGAUAAGGUAAGCAGAUAUUUAAAGUAUCUUUUACUAGUUAUUUAAUUAUAGUCAACAUUUUGUGUAUAUAUUAAGUGAUAAGUUACAAAUAUGUAUAUAUCUAGUAUUGUACAUGUAGAUCUUGUAUAGAAAUGUUGUUAUCUUGUUAGUUAUCUGUUGAACAUAUUAUUUUUCAUCACUACUCUAUAAUCAAAUUAAGGUUUUAUACCAGUAUUAUUGUAUUGUAAUACUGGGCAACUGUAUUUACAACAUGUUUAUUCAAAGUAUAAGAGCAGUUUGGUGUAUUCCUUCUUGGAACAUUAUAUUAUCUCCCAACAUCCAGUACUGUACAAAGCAAUAUGAAGAAAUUAUUUUAGGUUCACUUACUCAAAUGAGAGUGGCUAGUCCUUGUUUAUCACCACUUGGAUGAAACUUUAGUUAGUAUGAAAAUGGAUGAAUAAUAUUUAUACUGUACAUGGUUUUACUAAAUUUAUUUAAAACAAAAAAGUGUGUUGUUGUAGGUGUAAUAUGGAGAUAAAUGCCAGGCUUAUCAUAGCAUGCAUUCUGGGAAUUAGACAAGCAUAGUAAGAGAAAUGUUCAUGCUACCAAUUGUUUUAGCAUUUAUAAUAUUUUGAUAUAUGUGUACUGUAUUUACUGUUCAUUAAUUUAUUAAUAAAAUACAUACCAAUA